AUCGAACAAGCGAAACAAAAUUCCUGCAAGACUGAUAACAUCUGGAAGAUAGAGAAGGAGGAUCUACAUACCACUGAGGUCAUUCAGACAGACGGUGUGAAUCUGGAAGAGAUAGGUGUUUGGGCGCUGAUGCGGGCCGUCUGUAUGGCAAACGAGGCUAUUUUUUGAGAUUAUGAUGGUGACAGCCGUCGACGAUGUUCUUGUCGUCCUGCCAUGACCUACGGACUUGCUUGAAUGCGUCUGAACGCACAAAGGAACGGCGGAAGUGGCUUGGGUUCGGUAUUUAGGGGCGAUAAGAUGGUCCCAAGCCUCGCCGCCGGUAGAUCCCGGCACAGAUAAAGCCGAUGAGAUGGAAAAUAAUCUAAUCAGACAACCCACAGUCCCUCACCAAUUCCUUCUCACUCUGGGACUUAUUACCCCCUCCUACCCGUACUUCCCCUUCCCACAUCUUUCUUUCGUCCCGGACAUCGUCCAGACGGUCCCCACGCAGACCAUGAGUGUCCCGCUGUGCACUCCCGCUGCAUCCUCCUCGUCGACUCUCUGGGCUACUGCUUCCAAGGAGUGGGUCAUUCCCGCCAAGCCAAAACCAGGACGUAAACCAAAGAAAGAUGUCGUUCUGCCUCCUUCGGAGCCAGGAGAGGUUGAUUCUAAAGGACGGCGUGUACAGAACAGAGCCGCCCAGCGUGCGUUUCGGGAACGUAAGCAGUCCCAGCUCGCCGAACUCCAGGCUCGUGUGCAGCAGUACGAGCAAGGCGAGAUCGAACGGAAUGUUGCUUUGCAGAACAUUGCCAAGCGACUGAAAGAGGAGAAUGAAAAGUUGCGUCGGGAGAACAUUCAGCUAAAGGAGAAGCUCUCCCAGACGGAACAGGAACGCGAUAAUUUCAAGGAUGCUGCCAAGAAGCGCCUCAGAGAAGAAUCGCUUCCUCGAUCUCAUGCGCCUUCAAUGGAACCUCCUUCCAGAAAGAAAGCUAAACUUACGAUGGACUCCCUGAACACAUUAUCAGAAGUCACGACCGUCCCAUUAUCUUAUGUUUCACCACCUUCAUCGGUAUCCUCACCUGAGUCGAGUUCUCAUGACAGUUUCUCCCCUAUGCCUGGUCUAUCACCCAAUCGUGACCCACCGGUCUACACCCAAGGAAGCGGUAUCGGUAACAUCUUUGACUUCAUUACCACUUCGAAGUCGGACAUGUUCGAACCUGGAGGCUCGAUGGAUACAUUCGACUGUGGAUUCUGUAAUGAAAACACACCUUGUGUCUGUCGGGAGCUUGCUCAGCAGGUCUCGGUGCAAAGCGUCACACUUAAAGAGGAGGUACCCGAACCACCUACUACAAACAUCGUGAGGCUGGAUCCUCCGACCACAUUCACCCCGACGCCAUCUUCUAUUUUAGAGAACCUUCCUGCGUACCAACCUCCCAUCCCGCUCCGUCGUCGCACGACCACUACUGCGGUCAAUUCAAUAUUCCCUAUUACAGCGGCGCCCCGCGACCUGACUCGUCGCAGCGAUGCUUCAUGCUCCGGAGACCCGUCAAAUUGCUUGGCAUGUGCUGAUGACCCGUUCGGGAAAGCGUUCUGCGCUGCCAUCAGCAAAUCGGUCUCCUCGUCAUCGGCAUGCGCAAACUGUCCUGGUGGCUGCGAGCUCGCAGGGUCGUCUGGUGGUUGCUGCGGUAAUCCCGCUGCUUGUGGUCGCGACAGGACUGUAUCGCCAGCUGCUAUCAGUAGACCUUCACCAGGGAUGGAUAAUGCUGUGUCACCAAUCCCUUCGACUUCACAAGAGACAAUUCCUUGCGAUGACGCAUGGAAACAAAUUAAGUCGCACCCAAAUGCUACUUUUGCUGAUCUCGAAUUACUUGCAGAAGUUGUCGCUCGUCGUUCAAAGUGCACAGGCCCUCGGGUUGAAAUAUCUCCUGCUCCUGGCAGUAUAACACCAGAGCGAGGGCUCUCACCCAGUCUUCUACCCUCGUCAUUGCCAAGUCGAAUGGAUGACGAUAGUCAGUCAAUCGUGCUUACGGAUCCUCAUGCUCGUUACCAUGAGAAGCAGAGGGAGUAUGGGAGUGACCCACUGUCUGGCCCAGGAACGCAAGAGGUGUUUGUCAGAUGUGGGCGGUCGCGAGUACGCGAGGUCCAAGCAGACGGUGUCCGCGAGGCUUUACGCUUACUCGAUGCUAAAUACCAAGCCCCAUGAAAACGAUAGAAACUGUUCAAAUCACUAUGUAUUUCUAAUUUACAGUAUAAAUGU